GCGUCUUAUUUGGCUUCCGUCUCUGAGCUCUUUCAUCUUUCGUCACUCCCAACUUUUUUCCUCAUUAGGGGCCCACGUGAUCCCGCGUUCCGCGUCUCUCGCGUACCUCGAGGCCCGCAUUGGUUUUCGUAUCCUCGUGUCUCUAUCCAAGGUGAAGGCUUCCCCCACCCUGUUCGUUUAAACAGAAUGUCUGAUAUUGAGGCCGAACGCCAGCGAAACAUCGCUGAGCGCGAUCGGCUCCUCAAACAGCUGCAACUGACAGGAGGCGGCGGGCUGGGUACCCCGAAAUCAGGGCGUGACCAGAAGCCCAAAAAGAAGCCCACUCCGAAACGAGUUAUCAAAGAAGAGUCAGUGGCGCCGCGACGCCAAUCUUCGCGUUUGCUGGGCUUGACCGCGGACAGCGAGGUCGCCAAGCGGAAGGCAGAGAAUGAUGAAUUAGCAGCCAAGCAAGCGCGGGAGGCGAAGCGCGUUCGCCGAACAGGUUCUUUUACCCAAGACGACAUGUUUGUCGCUGGUCAGAAGUUGAGUGGGGAUAGUCUCGUUGGAGUGGACAUCAUCACCAAGGGUGUGGCUGAGCCGUACAUGCGCACCUUUGGCGAAGACGACAUCAAGAAAACCACAGACAAGGACCUGAAGGCCCUGCGGGAAGAAAUGAAUGGUCUCUCCCUUUGGGAGGAGUGGGAUCCGCAGAGGAUUAAGAUCACCCCCCAGCGUGUAUACGCCAUGGCCUUCCACCCGUCAGAAACAAAGCCACUGGUGUUUGCUGGAGAUAAAGAGGGUCAUUUGGGAAUACUAGAUGCCUCUCAGAAGAAGCCGACAAGUAACGAUGAGGACGACGACGAUGACGAUCCUGACCCUGACUUGACACAACUCAAGCCACACACGCGUACAGUCAGCGCGAUGCACCUGAACCCGGCCAAGCCGACAUGCCUGUACACGGCCAGCUACGACGACCCGGGGUCUGCGCGGGAGGACGAGGCCAUUUCUGCGGUAGAGUCGACAGCAGAAGACCCGCAUGUUAUCUACUGGACAACCUUGAACGGAACCUUCGAUCAGUUUGACACUAGAAUCCCGAAGAAUAAGCCAGAUGCCGGUUCGAGCUGGCAACUCUCCGAGAAGAAGAUUGGUGGGUUUUCGCUUUGUCCAACUGCCCCUCACUACUUCGCAACUGCUAGCAUAGACCGAUUCAUGCGAUUGUGGGAUCUGCGGAUGCUGUCAUCUAAAGUCCCUGUGCCUGUUGCAGAACAUGAGAACCGCCUUUCUGUGUCUCAUGCAGCCUUCAACGCUGCCGGCCAGAUAGCGACCUCAUCGUAUGAUGAUACUCUGAAGCUGUAUGAUCUUGGCUCUAAGGGCCUUGCUUCGUGGGCCAAGGGCCAUACCGUCGAUGACUUGCGCCCUGACACAGUUGUCCGCCACAACUGUCAGACCGGUCGUUGGGUGACAAUCCUGCGGCCCCAGUGGCAGAUGAAUCCUCAAUCCCCUAUCCAGCGAUUCUGUAUCGGUAAUAUGAACAGAUUUGUUGACAUUUAUAGUGGAUCCGGCGACCAGCUGGCCCAGCUUGGUGGAGAUGGGAUCAGUGCUGUUCCUGCUGUGGCGGUAUUUCAUCGGAGCAAGAAUUGGGUCGUUGGUGGAACGGCCAGCGGCAAGAUGUGCCUGUGGAUGUGA